AUGAUAUUAAUCACAUCUUUAAUAACAUUAAUAUAUGCAGCCUAUGAUGGAACAGAUUAUUUAAAAGGUGAAGGGAGUUUUAAUAUUGAAUAAAAUUGGAUAAUGAAUUAGACAGAAGAAUAUAUGGAAACAUAAUUUGUUACUUAAGGGAAUGAUAAAGUAAAUUAAUUUAUGUAUUAGUAAAAGUUCUUGAAAUUAUAUAAAAAGGCAGAAUCAGAAUUAAGUUUCAAAGAUGGAUUCUAUCAUCUAUUUGAAGAAUCAUAACCUUAACAUAUUAGAUUUUGGUUUGCAUCUGGAAAUAAAGAAAUUGAGGAUACAAAUUUAAGAUUAAAGGAUACAGGCACAGAUAAAACUGCAAUUUCAUUUAGAUGUGGAUAUGCUGGAUUUGUGAGAGUAAAUGAUAAUUAGAUGAUCACAUUUUAUAAUAGUUCAGUUUCAACAGAUUCUAAAAUAAUUUGGACAUAAGCAGAUAUCUUAUUGAAUUGGGAUACAUAAGAAGUUUUAGUUUUUAUGAAUGAAUCAUAUAUGGGAUCUACUAGUUUCUAUCAUUAAGAAGUAUUUAAAUUAUAUAUAUAUAUUUAAAUAGGUGACAAAAGUAAAUGAAGUAAUGCUUUAUAAUUUAAAACCAAAUACUACUAGUUGGUGGAAGAAUAUUAAAAUAUGCAAAGAAAGAUGCGAUAAUUUUGAAUUUACUCAAAUUGUUGUGAUAUGCUUUACAUUAUUCAUAUUAUUAUUGUGA